AUGGCAGUAGAUUCCGGAUAUGGCCUGGACGAAGAGAUUCCUGAUUGGGAGUCCAUGGCUGUGGGGGUGGAAGCCCUAAGAAGAGGCGAGAAGGACUUUGAACCAGAACAAACAGAAGAUCAAUCUUCUAAGUUAGAAAAGGCAAGAAAUGCAAUGUACAAUGCUCUCAAAGCACCCAGAGGUCAUAGUAUUAAGCAGAGACUCUUUGCGGUGUAUUUGGAAGGAGAAAGCGAACAAGAUGGGAAAGUAUUUGUUCCUUAUCCCCGAGGUAACUACUUCAAAGAUAUGGGCAAGUCUAAGAACUAUUUAGGACUACAGGGUGGUAUGAUCUUGAGUAAUUGGGAGACCCUUUACUUGGUUGAAAGAGGGUCUAUGGUUUGUUAUUACGGUAAUGUCGAUUAUAAGCUGUAUCUCGAGGGUCAGAGUGAGCCACUCAUUGAUAAGAACGAGAAGAAGGAACCAUUUGAUUAUGAUUCUUUGAUACUUCUUUCUGUUCAACAUUUGCAGAAAUUGCUUUGUUCUUCUCCAAUGAUGAUAGAGAAGUACCAAACUUAUUCCUAUUUGAAGCGAUUGGGUUAUUUGAUUCUUGAAUAUCAACCUUUAGAGAAAUAUAGGCAACAACAGCAGAAGCAACAGUUCAACUUUGUUCAAUGCUUAAAAUAUUGUCUCUUUGGUAGUGACGCAAAGCUGUUGUAUAAUCCCAAAGAACACUAUUUCACAUACACAUCAGUGUUCCAAUCGCUUAUUUUCAUAAGACACUAUUCGUUAUUUGACAGUCAAAGGGAAUGUUUCGUCAGCAGCUCCAAGUAUAAGAUAGACUUUUGUUGUUGGAAACCAACUCCCAAAUUCUCCAAGAAAGAUCCUCCAGUUCCUGAUUUCCAGAUUAGUGUGGUUAAUAUCAAUAAAACUCCAUUUCCAACAUUGAAAGAUAUCCAAUCUCUUCAUAAUCAAAUCAACUACUUGUUUGAAUCGGAAGAAGUGCAAGUGCAAGGACCCAAAAAGACAUCUAAUAAAAACUUUAUCAGCAAAAGAGAACAAUCUAUGAAGGGGUUCUAA